GCACAGUACACCCAACGUAGGGAAAGGGGAAGUAGGGUUUGUUUGCGUCGCGACACCUGACGCCUCUUCCCCUGUCUGCAGCCUGCCUAUUUGCUUCUCCCUGUACCUGCUUUGCUGAAGCAACGACUCUCCCCUAAGUUUGCUCCUCUUUUGGGGGGGGGACACUGGCUCCCAGAGGCACUCACCCCUCUGCCCAGCUCAGCUGUGCGAGCUACUGCCGGUGGCCCCUUCCCUUGCCUACUCAGCUGUUCGCUUCUCCCCUGUUGGCUGGACAAAUGGCAGCUCCUGUUUGGAGACUCCUGAACUAGAGCCAUCUUAUGUGGAAGUAAGACUGAACAUUUGGAGACCGGAGGCUGUUGAUCCUGUUCCCCCCUUAAGAUUUCCUACUCAUUAGUGAAGCCUGCAAGAACAACCACCUAGUACAACGUUUGCACUUACUUUGUAAGUGGUCAAAGGUUUGAAAUCCAGGCAAAAGCAUCAGUUAAGUUUUAAACUAAGGCCAGAUCUUGCUUAACAUGUCAGGAUUUGGCAGCAUGAAGCCUGUUAUUGUUGUUCAUGGUGGAGCUGGCCGCAUCUUUAAAGAUCGGGAAGAAGGAGCUCGUUCAGGUGUUACCAGAGCAGCACUGAAAGGUUACAGUAUCCUUAAAGAAGGAGGCAAUGCAUUAGAUGCAGUUGAAGAAGCAGUGACAUCAAUGGAAGAUGAUCCACAUUUUAAUGCAGGCUAUGGAUCUGUUUUAAAUGAGAAGGGUGAAGUAGAAAUGGAUGCCAUUAUCAUGGAUGGAAAAAAUCUAGCCUCAGGAGCAGUAUCUGCAGUUAAAUGUAUAGCUAACCCAAUAAAGCUUGCUCGUCUUGUCAUGGAAAAGACAGAGCACAUGUUGCUGACUGACCAUGGAGCAAGUCUUUUUGCCAAGGCCAUGGGUGUUCCUGAGAUUCCAGGGGAGAAACUUAUAUCGGAAAGAUCCAGGGAGAGAUGGAGCAAGAACCUUGAGCCAGAUUCUAACCCUCAUGAGUUUAAAAAAGACCCUGGAACAGUUGGUGCUGUUGCUAUAGACAAUGAAGGAAACGUAGCUUGUGCAACAUCCACUGGGGGACUCACUAAUAAACUGGUUGGCCGAGUCGGUGAUUCAGCAUGCAUAGGAAGUGGAGGCUAUGCUGAUAACCAUGUUGGUGCCAUCUCUACCACAGGACAUGGAGAAAGCAUGAUGAAAGUGGUCCUAGCCCGACUUAUUCUCUAUCACAUGGAACAAGGAAUGUCACCGGUGGACGCUGCUGACACUGCAUUGAAUUAUAUGAAAACAAGAGUGGGUGGAUUAGGAGGUGUCAUAGUUGUCAGCAAUUCAGGGGGCUGGGCAGCAAGGUUCUCCACCAAGCAGAUGUCUUGGGCUACAGUGAAGGAUGACCAGUUGCAGUAUGGCAUUUACACAGGGGAGAUACAUACGAGCUCUGUUAUUGAGUCCAAGUAAUUCUGGGGAUGAAGAAAAGUGGACAGUACAGCAGGACAAAGAUCUCCGUCUUCAUGGGGAGCAGUGAAAAUUGAUGUUAUCUUUCUGAAAAGAUUUACCCUCUAUUAAAUAGUCCCAGAAUUCACCACAUUUUACAAGCAAACUGAAACCCAGAAGCACUGGGCUUAAAGAUGAUGGAUGUGGAUAUAGUGAUCAAUUAAAUGUCUCUAGAAAGCA